GUGGUAUAAAAGGGGAGAAACUACUGUUAGGUCUUUACAGAACAUUCCCCAGGAAUCAUCUCACAAUGCUCAGGCUUCUUGUAUUGGCUGCUCUUGUCCUUUGCGGAUAUUGUCAUGAGGAUAAUAUCCAAUAUUUGGAAGAAAAUGAAAAUGGACGUGUGGUAGGAGGAAGUAAUGCAGCAAAGAAUGCCUGGCCAUGGCAGGUAUCUCUUCAGUAUCUCUCUGGCAGCAGCUGGUACCACACCUGUGGAGCUUCCCUGAUCCGUGCUAACCGUGUGCUGACUGCUGCUCACUGUGUGGACAGAGUAGUCUCCUUCCGUGUGGCUCUGGGAGAUCACAGCCUCAGUGCUAAUGAUGGCACUGAACAGUACAUUUCCGUGUCUUCCAUCAGGAAGCAUGCCAGCUGGAAUACCAACAAUGUUGCUGCUGGCAAUGAUAUUGCUAUCCUCUGGCUGGCCUCCAGUGCUACCCUGAACAGUUCUGUGAAACUGGCUACACUGCCUGCUAGUGGCGUUACCUUGGCACACAACUACAACUGCGUUGUUACAGGCUGGGGAAGACUCUCCACUAAUGGUGCUGCUGCCACCAUCCUCCAGCAGGUCACUCUGCCCGUUGUUGCCCACGCAACCUGCUCUACUAGUUCCUGGUGGGGCUCCACUGUCAAGACCACUAUGAUCUGUGCUGGUGGUGAUGGAGUCAAAUCUUCCUGCAAUGGUGAUUCUGGUGGACCCCUCAAUUGCUCUGUCAGCGGUGUGUACCAGGUUCAUGGUAUUGUCAGCUUUGGAUCCUCUCUUGGAUGUAACUACUACCAGAAACCAUCAGUGUUUACCAGAGUCUCUGCUUUCACCUCCUGGAUCAGCAGCAACGUCUAAAUGUAUCACACCUUUCUCCCUGUAAAGAAUUCUGCAAACAACAACAAUAAAUAAUAUAUAUAGAAUGUAUAUUAUUGAAUAAGAAUAACAAAUUGCUAAUAAAGAAUUUU